ACAGCUGUGAACCUUCUGUGAAAUCAAAGCAGAAGAAGAUCACGGAAUAAGAGGAACUCUGCUAGAGCUAGUGCUAACCCCCUCACCAUCAUCAUGUUAUUGAUCACCAUGUCGGCGUGAGAAGGAAAACAACACUCAGAACAACCACCCUGUUCAGAAACGGAGUCUUUAGCAUGGCAGGCGAGGAGGAGAGGGGGGUGGUUCGAGUCAAAGUCAAGAAAUGUGACGGGGUGCUUCCAGUGGAGUUCCGCUCCUUUGCUGUUGAUCCUCAGAUAACAUCACUAGAGGUCCUGCAGCACAUACUUAUCAGAGCCUUUGAUUUGAACGGGAAGCGGAAUUUCGGGAUCAGUUACCUGUCUCGAGAUCGGAGCGGUGCUGAAAUGUAUAUGUCUCUUCUGGCAGACUGGGAUUUAGAUGUUGCAUUUGGCAGUGCAGCCAAACCAUAUCUGCAGCUCAAGAUGGACGUAAAACCUUCAGAAGACAGUCCUGUCAUGGAGGACUGGGACAUCAUAAGCCCCAAAGACGUGAUUGGCUCUGAGCAGCUUCUGGCAGAGAAGACCAGGUCUUUGGCAUCUGCAGCUCUUCCCUUCACCCAGUCUCUACUGUCCCAGGUGGGCCGCACUCUGACCAAAGUCCAGCAAGCCUUCAGCUGGUCUUACGGAGAAGAGAUCAAGCCUUUCAAGCCUCCGCUGAGCGACGCUGAGUUUCACAGUUACCUCAACGGACAGGGCCAGUUGACACGACCUGAGGAACUCCGACUGCGCAUCUACCAUGGUGGUGUGGACUCUUCACUGCGCAAGGUUGUUUGGCGGUACCUCCUGAACGUCUACCCUGAUGGACUAACUGGACAGGAAAGAAUGGACUACAUGAAGAGGAAGACAAGGGAGUAUGACCAGCUGAAGGGAGAGUGGACAGCCCGGGUCAGCCACGAGGACCUUGAAUUUAUCCGUGGGAAUGUUCUGAAAGACGUCCUGAGGACAGACCGGGCUCAUCCAUACUACGCAGGAUCAGAAGACAGUCCACAUUUGACUGCCCUCACAGACCUGCUUACCACAUUUGCCAUCACACAUCCACAGAUAUCCUACUGUCAAGGCAUGAGUGAUAUUGCCUCCCCUAUACUUGCAGUAAUGGACAAUGAAGCACAUGCCUUCAUUUGCUUUUGUGGCAUCAUGAAACGCUUGGAGGGGAACUUCCGGCCUGACGGACAGCUCAUGUCCGUUAAGUUCCAGCAUCUAAAGCUGCUUCUGCAGUACUCGGAUCCCGAAUUCUACUCCUACCUGGUGUCCCGAGGAGCCGACGACCUCUUCUUCUGUUACCGCUGGCUGCUUCUGGAGCUCAAGCGAGAGUUUGCGUUCGACGAUGCUCUGAGGAUGCUCGAGGUAACGUGGAGCUCUCUGCCCCCGGAUCCUCCUGAAACCGAAGUGGAGCUUCUGGGACCGCCGGCGGAAACCGAUGAAACAAUGUCCUGCAGAGACGAGGACAAGGCGGUCGAGAAUUGCCUCGGAGACGAUAAGGAACAAAAAGGGAAGCAGCGUAGACGACACAUGCUGAGGCCUUCAAGAGAAGAAUCGGAUGUGAGCAGGAAUGCUUUCAUAGAAGAAAAAGACAGGAGGAACGCAGGCACUAGAAAGGGAUGUGAGAGCGAUGAAUAUGAUAUUACUCAAGUGACCAUGGAGAAGGCAGAUUUGCAGGCUCCUCCUUUUGAGAGGCAAACUAGUUUCGGGGAGUUUAAGUACUAUACUGCCCGAAAUGAAGAUAGCUUUCAUAUGGAGGAUGCUGAGCAGCCACAGGGUUUGGAGUCUUCAAAGUCAGUAACAAGCAUCCCAAGGCGCCAAUCCACUGUUGACAGUGAGGAUGACCAAGGGGAGAGAGUACCUCUCAUAAAAAACUGUGACAAUGGUUUCUCUCCAAUGUCAUCACCUCCUCUCUUUCCUAGUGGCCUACCAAUCUGGAAAACUACUCCCUCUGUCUCUCCCACAUCUUCAGCUUCACCCUCCAGCUGGCCAGGUGCUUCUCCAGACUCUCCUCCAAAAUCCACAUCCCCAUCCACAACCAGUGGAAGUGAGGCCUUACCGAGAACUGUCCCAAAAGUAUUGACCCAUGUGCUCGGCAGUACAGGGAUUAACUCGCCCACGACCCCCACUGUAAAAACGGCUGUCGGGUCUCCGACCCACACUCAGCAUCGAUCCCUACUCUCUUCACCCAUCUUGUCCUUCGGGAGAGGCCCCGGCAGCAGGUCGUCCUCCAACAAUCUCCCUUCACCAGGCAACAAAUCCCCCAGUACCACAGCUAACACGCCCAGUUCCUCGAAAGCUGAGACCACCAGCAUCAAACCAUGUUCCCUGCCGCCUCCCCAAGAGUUCGGCAAAGGCAAUCCGUUCAUGCUGUUCCUGUGCCUGUCCAUCCUGCUGGAGCACCGAGACCACAUCAUCAAGAACAGCUUGGAUUACAACGAGCUGGCCAUGCACUUUGAUCGCCUUGUGCGGCGCCACAACCUGAGCAGGGUGCUGCAGCGAGCCAAGGCCUUAUUUGCAGACUACUUGCAGAGUGAAGUGUGGGACUCGGAAGAAGGGGAUGAGGUUAGCUCGGACUCCCCAACAACAGCUACCGCCGGUCAACCCUCCCCCUCUCCGACCACCUCUACCAGGCCCAUUUACAGCCCUUUAGCGUCGCCUCAGUCAUCUUCUCCGAACUCAACCUAUAACCUCGCAACCACCAUUCCCUCCCCGACAGCUCAAGUUUUCCUCUCUCCCUCUUCCUGAUUCCAUCAUGCAUCAUUGGCUUCCCAUCCUCAGUGAACUCCUCAGUGGACUGUUUGUGGCCCAUCGGAGAAUGGAGAAUGGCACAUAGAAUUUUUUAGACAGCCUUCCACAUUGAAUUGGGCUGUUGAUGAUCUUAUUCUGUGUAUGCUUGAAUACAUACAUAUAUUCCUUAUGUCUGUAAUCAUAGUAAUAUUUAUUGUUGUCAUCAACCUUUCAAGUUUAGUCAUUUUGUUGUCUGUCCUGGAAGAGGGGAUGAGAGAGCUUAAUUUCUCAUCGUAUCUCACAGUCGGCUGAUGCAUGAAAUGUUAAAACCCUGUGAUUCUGGUGUUUGACGGUUCGACAGUUUGGCUGGUUUGCCGACAAAAGUUUCGCCACUUGGUGCAUUUAGCCUGUGUUGCCCUUUUAUGAACUUUGUUUACAAGCUCCUGUUAUGUCCAAUAAGCCACACAAGUGUCUUAACUAAAGCCCUCAAGCUCCAUUAGUUCUAAACAUAAGGGGAAAUCCAGACACUUGGAAUCAAGACAAGGCCAGCACACAUACUGUACUGUACUUAACCAACCUUCCUGACCUAGCCUGUCACCAUUAACCUUAAAGGGUAAAGACAUUGACAUAGGGUAAAAAAAAACUUGCUGCUUAGAUGCUCUCGGUACUAUAAACACCUUUUGAAGAUGUAACACACUACUGAACAACGGGUUACUUUCCCCCUAAGGUGAACGACGCCCCAAUUAUUGAUGUCAAGAGGGGUAUUUAGCCUUUGACAGCAAUAUAACACCUCUGCUGUGAUGUCACUGAUUGCAAUGUGUCUAAAAGUACUUCACACUUGAACAAUUCAACCCAUGGAGAGAAGUAUAGCUGCAGUUUUCUGACCCAUGCGAUGUUUUACUGUUUAAAACCUUAACAGGAAAGUAGGGAUGAGACCUCUGGCAGAAGGAGGAACUAUAUUGACAUGAUGCCCACUUAAGGAAAAUACCAAAUAUUUAAAGGGGAAAUCCACAGAUUUUUACACAGGAAGUCCUAAUCACCCUGUAGCGGCAUGAAUUGACGCAAAGGCAUUGUUUCAUCUUGAGUGAAAGGUUCUUGCUUAUCCCAGGGCUUAUGACUCUACUUCAGAAACAUAGAGAGACGAGAAAUUGCUUCACUCUCUGUCUGAACACACCUUGAGAAGAUAACUCUGAUGAUGUCAGAGUGAUGCCAUCGGGGUUAUCUCAGUUUGGGUACGGAGACUACAAAUGUAUAAGAGAAAGCCCUCAUUACAACCUGGGGGCUGCAGAGUUUGGGCAUUUAGCAGGCAGGGAGGGUCUAGCGAAGAGAUUCUAUGGAAUUGCAUUAUGGGAAAUGGAGGAUUCAGUGUUGUUCUGGCGUUUGACCCAAGUAGGUGACUAAAAAGUCACUGCUGCCUCCGCUGCUUCCAUUUUAGUCCUUCUUUUUAAAUGUCUCUCACAUGUCCCCCAAUGUUAUGAAAGUGCAAUAUUACAUCACAAAUUCAGGAUACAUUGCCUAAAGCUGUUUUGUGCCAGUUGGAUUUUUCCUUUUACUCUCCCAAAGUGCUAUUGCAAUCUGGACUUGGUGGCAUAGUAGGAUACCCAGAUGUAUGGGUCAAAACAGAAUAAUGUUGUAGUGGCCCAUCCAUUUAUGUUUUAUGCUGUAGAUGAGCCAAAAUUAAUCAAUGUGUCCUCUUUACCUUGUCAUCUUGUUGCGAACAAAACUUUCUAAAGGUUUAAUAUUGCUUGAAUGCUUAAAUUGCGUACUGCUUCUGUAAAAAAAAAAAAGUGGUUACAUGAUUUUUAUUUUUUCCCCAAGUGCAGUAUAGGUAAGGUGAGAUGGAGGGGACAUGUGUGACAGAGGUUAUAAGCUAUAUUCAAACUCGCAACAUCAGAGAUCUUGGGUGAGUGCAAUUAGUAUCGGUGAUAUGUUCACACGGGCGUUUUUAAUUUGAGCUAAAUAAUUCUUCUACAGUCAUAGGUUGGGUUUUUUUGUUUUGUUUUUGCACGUUUGUUUUGAAUGGGACUCAACCAAUCACAACUGAGGACUAAAACUAAUAACUGUUUUCUGAAGUCUGACACCUGAGGAACAGAUGAGGCUAUUUAUGUUUCAGUUAUUCAUGAAAUAAUGGAUCUAACCAUGUUACACUAUGUGGAUGCAGUACUGUAGAGAUCAGUUUGUUGUUGAUCUCCAUUGUACAAAUACCAUUCUGUUGAUAUGCUGUAUGUGCUGGACUCAUACAUUCAAACUACAACAGUAGUAAAGUAAGUACUGUACAUUAUUUAAUGCUUUGGUGGGUCAUUACUCAGAGGUGUAUCAUUUUAGCACUUUGGUUUUUGCUGUUUCCCAAAGACUGUCUUUUUGUCUGUUAUGAUAUCAUGGAAAUGUUUGUCUAAAUGACGCUAAUUUAAUGCACAAUUGAAGGUAUCGCAUAUUGACGGUCUUUAUACUUGUUUUGUGUGGUUGCUGAUGAGAAGGUAGUAUCUCAGUCCAGGCUGUAUAAUUAAUAUCUUUACCAUUUAUUCUUAAAGUGGAAUAUGAUGUGAUGCCACUUGACAUGGUCAAGGGCAAAAAAAAAGAAGAUUAUCCAUGUGCAACAUUUUGGCAGAGAAGUGCCUCACUUGUUUGACUCAGUAGCCUUGAUUUAUAUUUUCUUUUGUGCUCUUAAUUUUUUGUCUACAUAGUGUCAUCAUACGGGCUCAUUUAAAAGCCAGUGACAGGGCUGAGUGAUAUUUGAAUUAAAUGGUGAUGAUGAUCAUCAUCGACAGACAUUGGCUUGGCUCUGGCUGGCGAGCUGUGACUAACCUCUGAUGGGUUUAAAGAGGGGUGCGACUGGAUUGUAUCAGUGAUUGCAUGCAUGGUCUUCACUGCAGAGGAAACGCAAUUUUAAGCAAUUUUUAACCAUUUAAGAUAUAGCACAGCAUCUAACCAAAUUCUAUAUAUUACUACAUGAGUCUUAUCUUAUUGUCUCAUUGAUGUUUUUUGGAAAGUCAAUGAUUUUCUGCCAGCAAAAGAGAAAAAGUUGGUAUGUCUGUUUUUAUUUUAUUUCAAGGUAAAAACAUUGCAGCUAAUGAGUUGAAAUUAUGAUAUACGAAAUCUAAAACAUUUUUUUAAUUGUCUUUGAUUUAAGUCAAAAUUAGAAGAUUCUAAAUCAUGACAUACUAAGUCAAAAAUAUGACAUUAAAUUAUAAAUUAUGACAACAUUUUGACUUAGUAUCUGAAUUUGGACCUACAAUGUUUGAAUUCUUGUCAUUCCCAACUUUAAGGUUCCCUAUGUGGUAUUCAGAGCAUUAAUAUAACAGCAAACAUCUAUUUGCUAUGUAAAGAUAUAGAGGAGUAACGUCUACCUGAGCAGAGAAUGAAGUCGCUCUCCCUCUAUGUGUGUUUUAAUCAGAGCUUCUCUGUGCUUUGUUGAUAUAGCCGGCCUGGCCGCGCUCGCCUUUUAGCUUUCAUGUUCGUGCAUGUGAGCGUGCCCCACUGGGUAGCUCACGACCGCCGCUCUGCACUGCUCUCGUACGGCGGUUACAGCUGAUAACACCGUCCCGAUAGAUGACGUUGUCGCGGAAGUGUAUCGCCCACCCUCCGGUUUCCCCCUCAGGUUAACACUGUUAGCUCUGUCAGCAAUGUUGCCGUUGUUUGUACAGUUAGAGCUGUUAGCACCGUUAGCUGCGAGCCGCCGGCUCAGCCGUCGCCAUGUUGAGAGCCGUGCGGAGGCAAUGGAUAUGCUCUGAAUUUCGCACCUUUUUUUUGCGCUUCCAUAUUUCAAAAUGUCUGUAACGUCUUAUAUAAUAAAGUGAAACUGGCCAAAGGAAGUGGGGAUGCUCUGAGCGCCAGGAGUAUCUUCCAAACAAAGCAGACAUGCAAAAACUAUUUUUUUUUUUCAAUUAAAUGAGAUGUAAGGCAGACUUUCAUCAAGAUGUAAUUUAACUUGCAACUGUAGUGGACAUCAUGCAUCCAAAGGGUUGAUCCUGUGUUUCCAUUUGGCCCAAAAAAAUGGAUCAAAGGUAAUUAAAACAAUGACGUUAUUUUUCAUUUGUCUAAUUGAAAGGGCUGAAGAGCUAUCCUCAAUUGUUAAAAAUUCAUACUUCAAAUUCACACAAGAAAGCCAUCAGCAACAGUAUGCUCAUGUGGAACCGAAAUAUUUGUUUACGUUUAUAUUCAUCCGUAUGUUUUCAAGAUAUGAAAAGUGUCGACAAGGCUCAGCCUUAUUUGAUGUGCAAUGUGACGUGGAUUCAGUUAAUGUAGGUGAAGCGCUGUGCAUGGCUGUAGCAUCGCAGAGAGAAUGGAAUAUCAUUCAAACACAGAGUUAUAUCUUGAUAAAUCCUAAGACAUGCACCUCCUGAUUUUGUAAUAGUGCCCCAAGUCUUCUCCCAGCUCAUUGUUGACAUUUUGGACCUCAACACAGUUUAGUUGUGGAGGAAAAUUUGGGGAUAUGGGGGCACCAGAGCAAAGUCAGGGUAGGUGCUUUAAAUUGUCAAGUUUGUUUGUUUGUUUUUCUCAGCAUUGUUUACCUUUAAGACUGUAUCCAUGGUUUUGAGUGGCCUAUAUUAUGUAUUCUCAGUCUGUAAUGCAGAAGGCUGAACAGGGAGUGUGAUUGCUCCACCUCCAAUAGGGAAACCCCACUUUGACGAGAGCUUCUGUUUUAAGCAGAAACUGAAGUAAUUCCCAUGUCUUUAGAGAGACCCUUGUGAUUAUUGUGGUUAUUACUCUUACAUUUGGUUUUGCCUCCUUUUGUAUAUCAGUAUUAAAAGCAUAUUCAAAAUGAACUGAAGUAACUGGACUGGCUUGACUCCGAGCUAGCAAUAUGUGCAUUUGUAAAAAAAAAAAAAAAAAAGAAAAAUAAUAAAAUAAAAAGAUUUGUUUAUCUCAUUAAAUUAUAUAUGUGCACAAAUGUUAAACUUUUUAAUCAUACAACACAACGUUACUGAUUGUAUAUCGGACACAAAUAAAUAAUCAAUGCAACUGA